CGAAGGUCUCUAGAGGUUUUUGUGACGAAUGUCAACUUGUUAUUUCUGAACAAAAUACGAAACAAUCAAUAUUUGUAGUUUGAGGACUCCCAUACGAGAAUCGCCUUUCAAAAAACGGCGCGAAUCAGAAAGCCCUCGCCCGCGCCAGCCCGCCGAUGGAGCAGGAGCUGCUGCAGAUCCUGCGGGGCCUGAAAUCGCCACGCCACCUGCUGCAGACCCACGCCCAGCUCCUCGCCCGCGGCCUCUCCGCGAGCCCGCGCCUACUCCCGGUCCUCGUCUCCGCCGCGUUCUCCGUCUCCCCCUCGUCCCCGCGCCAGGCCGCCGCCGCGGCGAUCCUUGGCGCUGCCGGCUCCGGCGCCUCCACCGUAGCGCACAACACCCUCAUCGAGCGCCUCGCAGGGAUCGGCGGCGGCGGCGGCGGCGGCGGUCGUGGUUGCUCCGCGGCGGACGCGUUGGCGGCCUACGCUGCGAUGCGUGCCGCAGGGGUGUACCCCAACGGGUUCACCUUCACCUUCCUGCUUCGCGCGUGCGAAUCCUUGAGGCGGCUGUUCCUGUGCCGGUGCGUCCAUGGACAGAUCGUGAGGUGUGGGUUCGGGUCCGAUGUGGUCGUGCAGAACGCUCUCCUGAACGUGUACUACAAGUGCAGCGACCCGGGUGAUGUUGGAAUCGCUCGCCAGGUGUUCGAUGAAAUGGCUAAUAGAGACGUGGUUUCGUGGAACUCCAUAGUUGGUGUGUACAUGUCGAAUGGAGACGCAGCAGGGGCCAUGGAGUUGUUCGAGGCGAUGCCAGAGAGGAAUGUUGUCUCCUGGAACACUAUUGUCGCUGCAUUCACGAGGGCGGGGGACAUGGUGUCAGCACGUGCUGUGUUUGAUAGGAUGCCGAUCAGAGAUGCCAUCUCUUGGAAUCUCAUGAUCUCAGGGUAUGCAACAAGUGGCAAUGUUGAAUCUGCAUGGUCACUUUUUGAUAUUAUGGAUCGGAAGGAUGUAGUUUCCUGGACUGCUAUGGUCUCUGCUUAUGCAAAGAUUGGGGAACUAGAUUCAGCUAGAGUGCUAUUUGAUCAGAUGCCUGAUAAGAAUUUGGUUUCGUGGAAUGCAAUGAUUACAGGGUACAACCACAACUUGAGGUAUGAUGAUGCACUGUGCACAUUUCAGCAGAUGAUGCUUGAGGGAAGAUUCAUGCCUGAUGAAGCAACAUUAGUAAGUGUUGUCUCAGCCUGCGCUCAGCUAGGCAGUGUUGAAUACUGCAACUGGAUCAGUUCUUACAUUAGUAAAAGCAACACUCAUAUAACCGUUGCAUUAGGAAAUGCACUCGUAGAUAUGUUUGCAAAAUGUGGAGAUGUAGGAAGAGCACAUUUAGUUUUUAAUAAAAUGAAAACAAGAUGUACCAUUACAUGGACAACAAUGAUAUCUGGUUUUGCUUAUAAUGGACAGUUUAGAGAAGCCCUAUUGGUCUACAAUGAUAUGUGCAGAGAAGGAGUCACACUGGAUGAUACAGUCUUUGUUGCUGCACUUGGUGCUUGUGCUCAUGGAGGUUUGUUGCAAGAAGGUUGGAGCAUCUUUAAUCAAAUGGUUGAGUACUGUCGCAUUGUUCCAAGAAUGGAGCACUAUGGAUGCAUAGUGGACCUACUUGGUCGAGCUGGUAAGUUACAAGAGGCAGUUCGAUUUAUUGAAAGCAUGCCUCUUAAGCCUGGGGUUGUCAUUUGGGUAACUUUGCUUAGUUCUUGCAUUACGCAUGGUGAUGCAGAGUUGUCAGAGUAUGUCAGCACAAAGAUAGUUGAAAUGGAACCUUUUAAUUCUAGUUAUCAAGUGUUGGUUUCAAAUUGUAGUGCCCUAGAGGGAAGGUGGGACAGUGUGAUGGAUGCUCGCAGAACAAUGCGUGAUUGCGGAGUUGAGAAAACACCUGGUAGUAGCUUGAUUCAGGUAGGAAAUGAGGUACAUGAGUUUUUGGCUAAAGACACAAGGCACAAGAAAAGGAAAGAGGUAUAUAAAACUUUGGAUGGUUUAAUAGCCCUCAUCAGACAUACAGAUCACACCCCCUUGGAUAAGUUAUUGCAGCCACUUGAAUAACGAAGAAUUCUUUGAGUAGCUGCAACCUUACUAUGUGAACAAUAAGUUCCGGACUAAUUCCUGUGGGAGGCCUUUUGUCUAAUAGGCAGUCAAGGGCAGAUGGGCUUUGUAGCCAAGAUUGUGAUUAGAUCAACAAUUAUGAUUUAAUGGCAUCCAUGGCCAGUAGAGGAUACUCUAGGAUAGGUUGAGUUAUUCACUAUCUUGCCAGGUUGGUUGUGUGCAGUGCACUUGACAUGUGAAUGAAAGCUGAUUCAGUUGUCAAUUAUGAUCUAGAAUGUGAAAUGGGGGGCCAUCAAAUGAAUUGCAGUUGCAGUAUGUUGGCCAGUCAUUUUUAUUUUGAAUAGAAAAUGAACUGUAUUUUAUUUAAGAUUGAUGGGGCCACCAUUGACACCAGCUGAGCAUGUGCCAAUCUUAAAGAGGAACAACCUACUUUGCAUCUCAGAUGUUUCAUUCAGAUAACUGAUAUAAAGUUUUCCUUAUUAUAAAUUCAUGCUGGGGAAUUGCAUUCGUCUCUCAGGACUCGUGUUUGCAGUUUUGAUAUAUUUAACAUGCUUCCCUCAAAAAAUUGUAGCAACUUCGAUAGAAUUGAGUCCCUUAUGCUGCAGCUAUUGAGCAUAUCUUAUUUUGGUAAAGUUAAACGAGUUUGUUUGCAACGUGCUUUGAUCUUUAAAGUCUAGAAUUUUUCCGGAACAAACUUAUAAAUCCUCCAUGUGCCCAGUUCUUCAGUUGACAUGCUAGAUUUCUGAAUGCAGUUGCUAUCUUCUGGUCCCAUAAAUAAUAGUACUCACAUCACAUAUGCUGGAACCCAGAAGCAUCACAUAUGCCCCAACCACCCAAGAGUACUACAGUGCUGGGUGCUCCUCAACUAAGUGCGGUGGUACUUCUUCUGUUUCUCAUGUGCGCCUAGGACCAUGCAUGGACAGCCUUCAGAGCAACUGGCGGUGACCACAAGAGGCAGUUUCACAAGAGAGAACUGCCUCCGUGCAUAGUUGAUGGCUCGACGUCCUAAAGGGGAGGAAAGCGUGGUUGAUGUCUCUAAAUUUUGGUAAGACAAGCUUGGCCUCUUGUUGCCAUGGUUGAGUUGCCUACCUGCCUGGACAAGAGGCGUCAACGAGUGUGUCAACUGUCAACUCUUCCAUGUGAAUCCCUCUGUUUCCUGGCCAGUCCUUGGAUCCAGAAGGACACUGGCUCUUCAAUUAUCUUAAUGGAUUAUGAUUGCAUUUCCGUUCGUUGCAAUUAUCCCUUUGUUUCACAAAGCUGAAGCAGCGCACUGAAGCCGUGAAUGUGGGUUGUUGUCUAGCGAAGUCAAUGGUUGGCUGAAUUUCUGUAGUGUUGGGCCGUUCAAUAAUCAUGAUGCCAGUGAGGCAUUGCUGCAUUGUUGAUGCCUGAAAAAAAUCACUGGAUUCAACAACAAAAUAGAUGGAUGUGCAUGCGCAUGGUUAAAGUCUAUAAAAUACAAAAUUCUUGGAUUUUACUCAUAUUCCAUGUCAGAAGGUCAGAUGAGAGCAAAUAGGCAGCUACGACACUGUCAACCAAAUACUGCAAUCCAGUGUUGACAAGAUGACUAAUGUGUAAGGGAUAUUCAUACGAUUAAUUCGUUCAUGGUACUUGAAUUAAUAUUGAAUGUGUUUUAGUGUGUGACCAUAUCUGGGUCAGAUUAGUGUUAAUCAUAGUAGGCUUAUGUAUAGAUGGUAGGAUCUUGUCUGAAGCAACGUCUCUUCAAUUUCAACGCAGUAGCUGCGUCUCCGAUCGGUUAAAUAUAAUAUGCCUUAUGCAUAGUUGACAGGAGAUUAUUAUUUUCUAGAGCAACAUAUUUUUUAUUUCAGAUCCGUGUACCUAUGGAUAAAAUAUACCUGCAACGUACCACUAUUACCA